ACAUUUGAAAGCAAAAUUAGUACAUCCAGAUUUUGUCAGACUGAAAAAAAGAAGUUGGUUGUAAAAGCAAUACAAACUGAUCCUGUAAUAUUUGAGAAAUCAAAAAUAAAAUCUAAAGAUGCAUUUGAAAGAAUGAAAGAAAUUGAUCUAGAAAUCCAAGUUUUGUUACAGGAAAAGUUUCAACUGUACAGUUCUCUUGAAUCUAAAGAUUCAUGUUCAAACACAAUGCAAGAUUUAGGAAUGACUGUAUUAAAUGUAGCACCAUAUGAUGAAACAAAAGACGACGAUGAUAAUAGUCUUGAAAAUGUUCUAACUGGAGAUGCUAUUGUUGAUGAUUUUACUAGCAUACCAGUGGAAGAAUUGGAACAAAUAGCGCUUGAAACAGUUCAAGAAGAAGAAGAAAAUGCUGGGCGAUAUGAAAAAAGAACACGCCGUAUGACUCAAAAGUUAUUAGAACAAGAAAGGAUCCGGGAAGCCAUGACAUCGAGACGUUCCAAUAAAAAAAUUAAGACACCAAAUAUAUCCCUUUUAGAACAAAUCAUAACUGAUGACCGGCCAUUGGAAGAUAUUAUAGUUCUGGAUGAAUUAGAGUCGACACCAGUUAAAACAACAAAAAAGAAAUCUCAGAGAAACCAAUCAACUAAGAAAAAGCUUGCAGCAAAAAAGAAAUCCAAACCUCUGGAUAUUCCUUCUAACAACCUGCGAGCUUGCUCUGUUGUGUUAUGUAGAAUAAAUGUAUCACCAUAUUUAGACAAAGAGGAAAGCAAUAAUGAUGAAGGCAAAGAGCAAAUCCCUGAUACCGAAGGUGACAAACCAAUAGAAAAAGAAAAACCAGAAGAACCACAACUCUCUAUAUUACAAGCAUCUAUACCAGAGCCAACCGAAAUAGUUGAAGAAACAGUAGUUAAUGACCUCCAAUUUGACAUGCUCGACGUAUCAGAAGAUAUAGUCAUAGAGGAAAACUCAGAUAAUAACUUAUUAGACAGAGACCCCAUUGACAGAAGCCAUAUAACAAUAAACGAAGAAAUAAUCUUGGGUAACAGUCAAUCGUCAUCAGACGAUGUUUACGUACUGGAAUCGGCGCAGGGUGAGGCUGAAUGUAAAAUGUAUGAUUACUCCACUGAUGAAAAUUUGAGGCGAGAUUCUGUCACUGUCACAGGGAAUGGUGACGCAGUUUUAGCAAUAGAAUGUAUAGAGAACAACUUCAUCGCAGCGUGUUUGGACGGCAAUGUGUACCAUUUCAGCGGUGAUGGUCAGCUCAUCAACACACUGCGCGGGUCGAACUUGGCCGUCACCUGCCUGACCAUUGUGAAAGAGAAGUACGGCACCACUGUGUACACGGGCUCGUUGGACUCCAGAAUACGAUAUUAUGAUUUAGAUACGGGUGUAGAGAAAGGGCCAGAGUGCAAUGUUCUUAGUCCAAUACAAACGAUGGAUCGCGCGUGGGACACAGUGUUCGUCGGUACGAGGACUGGCUUCGUGCUGCAGUUUGAAUGCAAGAACAACAUGCUUAUCCCAGUGAGUACGGUGAAAUUUUCCGAGCAAUCGAUCUUAGCUCUUCGCGCUAUGAAAGAAGGACCACGGAAAGUGCUCCUAGUGGCGGCGCGUUCGGAAAAUGUCACCGUGAAAGACGCCCAGACUGGACUGUUGCUGAGGACCCUCUCUGGACCGAAAAUGACUGUAUACACCUUGUUAUUUGAAGACGGCAAAGUGUACUGUGGGACCAGUAGCCAUCAGAUACAUGUCUUUGAUUAUGCAACGGGUGGUCACGUGGGUUCGCACGAGGGCGGUAAGGGCGCGGUGUGUCUGCGCGCGACAGGCGGGCUGGUGUUCGCGGGCUGCUACGACGGCUGCGUGUACGUCUACCGCGAGGGAGAGACGCGGCCGCUGGCGCAACUGCGCGGACCUAGUCUGAUGCUGCUCUCACUCGCUGUUGUAGGCAGCAAGAUUAUCGCUGGAUACAAAGAUAGAAGUUUGUACAUAUGGAAAAUACCACUUAGCAUAUUGCAAGAAAUGAUUUUAUAAAGUGUACAUUGUUUAGUGAGUUUUAAAGUUAGAGCAUAGUUGAUGUAAUUACUAAUUCGAUUAGUUUUUACCAAUGUAUAUACAUGAAUAAAAAGAAACUAAUUUCGUGAAGAAUUUUAUUUUAAAA